AUGUCGUUCAGCGACGUCGGGACCGAGUGGUACGGCAGGCCCGCGUCAGCCAUCAACGGGCGCGCGGACUUCCUGAAGGCGCGCUCCCCCGCCCGCGAGAGGGACAUCGAGGACGAGGUGCCCUCGUGGCUGGUCUGCGCCCUGUCCAAGGAGUGGGUGCACCGAAGCUCUGCGGGGCCCCUCGUCGUCGACAGGCAGGGCGUGCUCCUGCGGAAGGAGGCGGUGGUUCUGGCACUGCUGAAGCGGCGCCUGCCCUCCCACCUCAGCCACAUCCGCGCCCUGACGGACGUGUCCGACUGCGCGCUGAGGCGGGUGCGGGACGUCCCCGUGUGCCCGGUGACCGGCGACGACCUCCGCACCACACCCUCGGUGCUGCUCCUGCCGUGCGGCUGCGUCCUCUCGCGGGCGGCCGCGGCCCUGGCGCCGUCGCGCGGCCCAUGCGACGCCUGCGGCCGCGCGGUGGAGCGGCGCGUGCCGCUGCACGACCGCGCGGGCCGCCGGGCCGCCUGGGCCACGCCGGGCGCGGCGGCCGCCGCGCCAGCCGAGGCCUCCGACCGCCGGGCCUCGCCGCCGCCGCCGGGCCGCAAGGCCGCGCACGGCCGCCGCUCGGCCGCGGCGGCCAGGGCACCGACGACGUCGGCCGCCUCGCCGCCGCGGCGCGGCGGCCCCGCCGCUGCGGAGGACGCCGCCGAGGGCGCCGCGGGGCGCAGCAGGAGCCGCGGCGGGGCCGCGCGGGCGGAUCGCGCGGGCGCCUCGUGCGCCCUCCCUCCCUCCCUCCCCCUCCUCCUUCUCCCUCCCCCCUCCUCCUCCUCCUCCUCCUCCGCCUCGUCGUCCUCCUCCUCUUCCUCCUCCACCUCCUCCUCCUCCUCCACCUCCUCCUCCUCCGUAGCCAUUUUGGCUCAAGCUUGGGCCCAAAGCCCCUGUGCUCUUCAGCAAUUUCCAUUGUCCCCUGCGGUGCAACCGCUCCUCCAUUUUUCUCUGCCCGCUCCGCCAGAUCCCGUGGACGCGCAUGCAAUGGCGUCGUCUGCUGGCAGCUCGGGGGGCUCUGGCGCUGAGGACGAUCACAGUCGCAGUGGUCGCAGUGCUGGCGGCGCCCCGCCCCAGCGCCACCGCCGCCGCACUCGUGGUGGCCGUGACGCCGACGCGGCUGCGCCCAGAGCCGAUCGUGGGCAGGGGCACCGUGCCGACCGCAGUGAACGUCGUGGCCAACGGUGCGAACCUCCCGACAUGGUGCCCCCGGCGCGCGCUGCCGCCGCUGCAGCCACCAUGGCGGAGCUGGACCUCAUGCCCACGUUCCCCAGUCAGGAAAUCUCUGGAGCCACCUCAGGAGUUGCUGCUUCUGGCGUCGCCUCAGCAGGUGCACGAGCCGUCGGCGUUGGCGAUGACCGCCUGCAGCGUGCUGACCCAUGGCUCCAAUCCAGUACACCUGUGGCGGCCGUCAGCAUCAGCACGCCCCCUCCUGGCGCCGGUCGUGCUGGUGGGCUCGCCGCCAGUGCCGAUGGAGACCAUGCCGCCAGCACGCUGGAGUCCACCAUCCAGCGGAUCGUGGCGGACCAGUUCGCCGCGACGAAGACUGCGCUCGAGACCUCCGUCACCACGAUCGUCAACUCGAGCUUCACCAGCAUGCAGGGCCAGCUGCAAACCACGCUGGUCCACACGAUGCGGACUGAGAUGGAGCCGCUGCAAAAGAAACAGUCCGAGCUGGAGCGCGAGGUUGCCGUCUGCAAGGAUGCGCAGGCCAAAAUGCAUCGGGACCAUGUCAAGAUGCAGGCCACUGUCAAGCAGAUGCAAGAUCUUCUUGCACUGGCAGAGGCCAAGACCAACGCAUUCUCUCUCCAACAGUUGGCCGAGUGGGAUCGCCCUGCUGAAGCCACCGUCUUCUCAUGUGGGUCCCCUGGUACUUUCACCUCCUCGGAGCUGCGCAGCUCGCUGCGCCCGUGGUUCGAAGACGCCGGGGUGCCCAUGGACAGCCUGCACGUCAUCGGGGUGGACACGCCGAACAGGCGCUUUAACAUCCAGAUCCAGGGCGGCCCGGAAGCCACCGCGCGGGCUCUGGCGCUCACGCGCGCGCUCAAGAUCAGUGGCAAAUGGAGGGACUUCACCGUCGUCGACGCGACGGGCAACCCCAAGCCUCUCUACAUCAGCGGCGACAGGUCGCCGAAGGAGAUCAGGCGCGAAAUCCAGACCAAGAAGCUGCACGCGAUGCUCAGCGAGGAUCGCAGCGAUCUGUCGUGGCGCUGCCAACGCAGCCGCGGCACCAUCACGGCGGAGGCCUUCCCGAUAUGCGAGCUCCAGGUCGGCAACAGCAUGGAGGAGGCCACGCAUAUCAUCUGGAACCCGGAGGCGCUGCAGCGGUUCCAACUGGACCACACUCGCUAUCGGGCCCGGUUCAACAAUCUCUUCGCUGCUUCCUCCGCCGGCCAGUUGGACACGUCCGGAUGGCAUCUUUAG